AUGGCAUCCGCUAGUCAUCGUACAAGUGAUGAUUUCGUUAAGCGCUUGAUUCGUUCAAAUAAAGAUAUCCAACUGUCUACCUAUUCGAUCAUUUCUCAAUUUCGCGACCUACAAAAGCGAUUUUCACGUAAUGUUGCUUCGGUUUAUAGCCAUUUGGGUACUGUCAAAGAUGUUGUCAACAUAUUUCUCGAUGAUGAAAAAAUGGCAACUCUCAAACAAUUUAAAGCAAUGGAUAAAAUUGAAUUGGUCGUAUGUGGUAAGAAGUCAUCAGGAAAAACAUCAUUUAUUCAACAACUUCUGCAAUGUGGUACAUUUUUACCAAUUGGCUUCAGAAAUGUUACACAACGUAAUGUUAAAUUUUCUUAUGCUCCUAUUGAACAAGUUUGCCUACUCAUACAUAGACUAGGUAAAGAUUCACACUCGACUGCUGAUCGUAUCGAUGUAUCAUCAUUCUUUCAAACGCGCAUUCCUUCGAAAACAUUUAAUGAUAUCAUUCAACAUUAUCUAAUUCGUCGAGAUGAUACAAUCGAAUCCGAAGACUGGACAUCAUGCCUUGUUGAAAUUUGUAUUCCAUCACCUUUUCUACAAUUGAAUAUCGAAGUGUAUGAUAUAGCAGAACCGAUCGAUAUGAAAAACAUUCAAAUUACACGUCCAUGCUUUCUGUUCCUUUAUGAUAAUGCACCAAUAUCGGAUGAUACACAAAAAUAUUAUGAAGAACUCAAAUUAUCCAUAUGUAAUAUGACUAAUGGCGCCAUUUUCUUUCUUAAUACAAAAGUCGAUGUAAAUGAUAUGUUGCAUGAUGUCGAAAUCAAUGAGUUUCUUGAUAACGAGCGACAUCAUCGAUAUGAACAUUUGAAAAAUGUACCUACAAUGAAUAAUGAACUACCUCGAACACUAGCCGAAUGCGAUUGUUUUGAUAUUUUCAGUGUUAAGCCAUGUGAACAUCCGGUGACUAUAACAAUGAGAAAAGAUGCGAUUGAUCGUAUCUUUCGUUUUGCUUUUGAACAUGCUUUACGAAAUACACAACAAGUCAGUACUAUUAUGCUGGAUGCAAUCGAUGGAUUUUUUGAUUUUGUUCUAAUUACAAAUUGUCGUUCAUCUAAUGAGUGGAAUGUUUUACGAGAUGAAGCAUUGCAUUGGGCUAAUGAAUUUUUUCAACAAUAUCGUUUACAAAUCGAUAUCAUUGGUGAUGAAGCACAAAGACAAUUUCUUGUUCAAUUUCGUCAACAACGUGAACAAUUGAUGAAAAAAAUUCUAGUGCAUAGACAAGAAAGGCAUCAACAAUUCUCUUUGCCAAAUUCUGGGCUCAGUUUAAUUAGUGCCAUGCAACCAAUGGAAAUAUCAGAUGAGAAACAUUUUCUCGAGUUGAUUAUCAGAGAAGAAAUUAUUCGACCGAUUCUAAGCAAAAUUUUCGAUGAAAUUAGUCAUCGUGUAAAUCAACAGGUAGAUCAAAGUCUAUUAGUAAAACGUUCCACUCGAAAUAAUGAAUUAAUUCGAGCAGCUUAUCGAGAAUUUCUCAAUAAUAUUAAUAUUAUUGAUAAUAAACGUCGUCGAGAUUAUUUCAAUAAACAGUCAUUCAAAGAAAUUCUCGCUGGGAUUAGUGGAUUUAUGAAUACUAUUGGAACAAUUUUUUCUAUCACAGAAUUAUUACCAGAAGAAGUUAACAAACGUGAUAAUGAACCAGCAAUUAAGCAUGAUCUUAUUACUAUCGAGACAUAUUUGACUACUAUUGGUGAGCGUAUUAAACGAAAUAUUCGCGAUGGACUGGAAGAAAAUGAAAGAAAUUUUAAAGAAAAAAUUCAUGCCUAUCAUAAAAUUGUUUUGGGUACAAUGGAUCAUCGCCAUCGAGCGCAUCGAUUGGCACGUUCGUUUGCGGUUGAGUUUGCUCAAAUCGAAUGUCUUCUAGCGGCUAAUUUAGAUUUAAUUAAACAUUAUGGAACUACGCCUACGAUCGAUUUUCGUACUCUCCUAGGUAAUGGUGGCUUCUUCUCUGUACAUCCAGCUUCAUGGGGAUCCGAACGCAAUCUCGUUGCUAAAGUUCUACUGGAUUCGACAGGAUCAUUUGAUUUUGCUUAUGUGGAAGCACAUUUUCAUCGUACAGUAACUCGAUUACAUAUUGAACAUAUGGUUCCACUACGUUUUCUCUACCAUGACAUAAGAAACAAUCGAUUAUGUAUUCUUCUUCCACGUUAUUCAAUGAGUCUACAUACAUAUUUGACUAAUCAUAUGGCCGAUAUAUCCAUAAGCGAUGCUGUACGUAUUGUUCUUCAUAUUAGUCGUGCUGUAGCUCAUAUGCAUGCGCAAAACCUCAUACAUCGCGAUAUCAAAGCUCAAAAUAUUUUGCUUGACAAUGACAAAAACGUAUUUCUAGCUGAUUUUGGCACAUGUCAACAUGGUACAGAAAACACUACUAUUGUUGGAUCACAUCCAUUGGCACCAGAAAUGAGCAACAAUAAACUAGGACGCGAAUUUUCUUAUGAAGGUACUGCUGUCGAUGCAUUUUCACUUGGUAUACUUAUGUAUGUUGUUGCUCCAAAAAAAGACUUUUAUCAACCACUUCAUACCAUCACUAGAACCGAUAUUAGUGCUGUUGCCAAUGUACCUGAAAGUUAUAGAAUAUUAAUAAAUACAUGUAUUAGUACCGAUCCAAAGUUGCGACCAACAGCUGCCAAAAUUGUCGAAGAACUGGAAACGAUCGCAGAUCAAGUUGCUAAAGCAAAAGAAUGUCUUAUGUGUUUCGAGCAGCCAAUAUUUAUUCGGUGUUUACCAUGUGGACACAAAACAGUAUGUGAGACGUGUCUUACACAUUUACAACAGCGUACAACAUCAAGAGAACCACCUCGAUGUAUUCUUUGUCGACAAGUAAUCACGAGUACUCAAGAAGAUAUCAAUACUUGUACUUUUAUUGAAGUUCCACCACCUUCUUAA